AUGCCGAGGAGCAUGCUGGGACACAAGAACGAUGCGCUGAUGGUUGCUGCUCCGCGAGCAAGCAUGGCCGAAGUGGAGCGGGCGGGGCCGGCUCAGCUAGCGGACUCAAAGCGCUUCUGGAAGAUCGAGAAGCAGGAGGGUGACCUGACCGGGCAGCUGGGGGACCUGGAGCAGGGGACGAGGCAACGGAACCGAGAGUUCGAGGCUAAGCUAAGGGCGAUCGCGGAAAGAAUCCGGGGGCUUGAGGUCGGGAUCGAGCGAGAGGUCCAGGAGCGUGAGGAGACCCACGCGGUCAUGUUCGCGGGUUUGCAGGAGAAGCUGAAGGCGGCGGCCGCGACAGUAGAGGCCGACGCGGAAACUUCCAUUACCGAUCGAUUCGAACCGGGGCUUUCCGAACACAUGGAGAGAAUAGAAGCCGAUAACGCGAGGGUGGAAGAGUUCGUGCACGUGACAGUCCCGCGGAUCGUCGAUGAGCAGAGCGGUGCCGUUACACGAAAGCUGCAGAAGGCCCGGGAGACGUUCGACAUCGAGAACGCUAAGAUUGCAAAGCGAGAGCGGAAGCUCGUCUCGCGGUUUGAGACGCACGUCAAGGGAACUGCGCAGAGCUUUGAAGACGAGGAGGCUACGCGAGUGGGCAAGCUUUGGCUCCUGGGCGAGGAUCUGCAGGCGGUCGAGCACAUGGAUGAUCGAGGCGACGAAUCCCUCCAACUCUCGAUUGUCAAGACAAUAAAAGCGACCCGCGGAGACGUGGCGACGUUGAGUAAGGAGCGAGGUUACCAGGACGGAUUGCUGUUGGACUCGCUGGCGCACGCUCAACACAAGCUCCAGCGAUGUAUUCUAGAAACGUUCGGGACAAAGGAAGAGGACGACGACUGCGAUGACUCGCGACCAGGGGGGCAUGUGGAAUGA